AUUAUUGUAAAGAUCCAGGUGUUUGUGAAGGUCCUGGAGGUGGAAAAAAAGAAGGCUUGUUAGAGCAUAUAAAUGCGAAUAUUGGCCCAAAUCCAUCAAAAAAGAAAGACUAUAUUUCUCAUCGCGUCUUUUGGGAACGAACUAAAUUUCAAGACCCAUAUUCGAAGGACGACAGAGAAGAAUUCAAAAAAUGUGAUCACGAAUGUGCUGAUGAAAAGCAUCACAAAGUUGACGAGUUUUCAGGAAAAGAGCCUGCAAAAUCUUACUGUUCGCAAGAAAUUUUUCAUCCUGCUUUAAAUGCAAGUUCUAAACCUUCAGGUGGUGUAGGCUAUAUUUCAACCGAUGGUCAUCACUUUUUAUGUGAAAAUCCAACUACUAAUGUUGGUAAUUUUCAUAUUGUAUUUGUUGUGGACCGAAGUGGUUCCAUGAGUGCAGUUUAUGAAGCAAUUUAUACAUUCAUAGAAACUAGAAAGAACUCAAGAAAAGCAACGACAACUGGACAAAUGGCAGUGGAUCGAGAUACGGCUUCUUUAGUUCUUUUUGAUUAUACUGCAAUAACUGCUUUUGAAAAUAGAAGCUUGUCAAAUUCGGAUGAGCUUUUACAGAUAAUGUUAGGCUAUUAUCCACAAGGAGAUAACUAUUAUCACGAAGGAAUUAAAAAGGCUGCAGAAGUUAUUGAAACUUAUUAUGACCCUUCAAGAACCAAUGUAAUUAUCUUUCUAUCGGACGGUGAAUAUCAUCCUCCGGAACCAGAAUUAAGAAGUCUUUGUCAGAGAGAAAAGGAUAAGGGGACAUAUUUGUAUCUUUACACAAUCAUGUUUACUGGAUCUUCUCAUUAUGCUUCCUAUGGGCAGUCAUUACAAAAAAUGGCAGAUAUAGCAACAGAAUAUCUUCCAAAAAAUGCAGACAAAGAAUCUUUAAAAUGUCAAUAUGUUCUUGCUAUUAAUGAAAUUAUGUUAACUGAACAUUUUACACAA